AUGGCAGCCUCACGUUCGGCUCCGGAUUUGCAUUCCCCUCCUGUUCUCCUGGGUACAAACCCAAGUCUCAUGAAUAAACCUCCCGCUGCACAGAAACAGAGGUCGUCCAGGGUUCCCGGUGGGUUUGAUACAGACGACGAGCUCUCACCGAUGAAAAUGGAGUUUGGUGAUGAGGUCGGGACGCGGGAUGGGAAGCCAGAGCUGCGUGAACAUCAAGAAUACGAAGAACGAUACCAAGCAUGGGAUGACAAGGAGAAGAAUCAGCCGAACAGUCGGUUGUUGAGGGAGGAUGAUACAAACAACAAUAGCGAUAAUCGUACUAAGAAUGACAACGGUGAAAAUGUCUAUGACCCGUUUGUACUAAGUUCCAAGGAUUCACCCCUGCAAUUGUCACCGCGUCAACGCCCUCAGCAGGAGCCGAUGUCUUUGCAGUCCCCUGUUCUAGCCAUCGAGGAUUAUUCCUCCUCUUCGAUCCUCCUUCCAAGUAUUGACUUCAACGAUUCCAAAAGCCUUUUGCUCCCCUCCGCCAUCCCUCACUCCGCAUAUAAUGACACCAUGGACGACUCGACCAAUACUAACGACCAUAAUGACGACCAUGACCAUGAGCACGAACACAAGCACGGGAAUAACACGCAAGACCAUGGGCAGGGGGAUGAGAACGAGCAAGACCAUAUCCACGGAGACGAAAAUGAAAAUUCCAAUGAAAACUUCAAUGACCAGACACUACCCAAUCACACAACCCUCGACGAGAAAGAAAUGCGCCAGAAAUUGCUAAACAUGGAAUCCAGUUUUCUCCCCGAACCCUCCACAAUUGAUGUCGCUGCUACACCCGGGCUACCUGCGCCGGAUGAUACAUACUUGAUCGGCGUGAACGAUAGGAGCCUGUCACAGGUCGAGGAGGGCGAUAGCCGAGCAACGCCCCCUUCCCCUACUACACCGCCUGGCGCAUACAAGACCCCGGCCGCUCGCCGCGCUACAAGAUUGGAGCCUUCCUUCUUCGAGGAGGAAGGGGAUUCGCAGAAGGGAGAGGCCGACCACAAUCGCGAUCGCGAUAACGAUAAUUAUGACGACUCGGAUCUGACUCCUUCUGCAAAAGGGAACGAUACUACUAAUAUUUCGUCGUUGGAGACCAUAUCGUCCUCUCCAACCGCAGCUGCGGCGGCCAGAACAGUCUCAAGGGCUAUUUCUACGGCUUUGCCGAAUUCUAGUCUACGGAGCAAUGCAUCACAGCGCCGCCAAUAUGGCGCUCAACGCGAUUCGCAACUAUCAAGUACUGAUGAUGAUAAUGCAGAUGCCACUCCCCGGCGCUCUACGCGGAACAUUUCCCCAACUCGUGUCGCAUCGCGGCACUUGCAAGAUACUACGGGAGUAAGUGGUAGCGAGGGAGAUGCGCCGCAAGAUUCAAGCGCGUCUUCGGAGCGCAGGCGCAAGCGACCCAAGUUCUUGACGAGCCGUCAGUCUGUCCACCGGUUUUCAAAUUCUUCCACUGCGACUGUCGGUACGGAUACUGCGUCUAGCGAGGCUGCGAUGGGUGUCGAUUUUGCAAUUCAGUCCGGCGGGGCAGCGCCUGCUAAUAACAUCGGCCAGCGGUCGCACAGCCAUGGCAGGCAGAAGGAGAUGGAGCUGUCGAGAUCGAUAAGUCUUGGAAGCAUGGCAUCUGGAGUAUCGGGUAUGAGUGACGAUAACUUGAUGGAACAGCGAAGAGGGUUUAGUGGCGUUUCGGAUGUUAGUCUACAUACGCUAGAUGAAGAAGAUUCAACAUCCCAGGCUCGUCCAGGAUCGUCCGGGGGAAAGUCCGCAGCGGAUCCGAUGACUCCCAAAGCUCAAUCGCGUGAUCAACCGCCUCCAGAAACAGCCGUAACAGAGCACAUCAAGGAUAUCCAGAUCCCGGCCACCCUCGCCCGUCAAUUCCGAGAAAGUACACUUGGCAUGUCCCCGGACAAGCGUGGAGGUGUCCCAACGCCUGCCUUUGGGCGUAGCGGUAAAUCACUUACGCUCAAGGAACAGAGUAGCACUAUAGAUAGGUUAUCGAAGGAAAAUUUCGACCUCAAGAUGCGCAUUCACUUCCUCAAUGAAGCGUUGAAUAAGCGUUCUGAAGAGGGAGUGAAGGAAAUGAUUUCCGAGAACGUCGAGCUGAAGUCUGAUAAAAUCAAGCUCCAGAAGGAUAAUCAAGCGCUCCGGAGGUAUAUUCGCGAUUUGGAGAAGCAGCUUCGUGAUCGUAAAGCCGCUGGUAGUGAUGGGGGCCAGGAAAAGUCUGAGAGAGAGGAUGGGAUAGAGGCUGAGGAUGGAAAUGGAGGUGUAGAUGAAGAGGAGCUGACAUAUCUGCGAGAAAGGAUUGAGACGUAUGAGGUGGAGAUUGAAAGAUUAAGGUCGGAAAGUAUUUCGCGGGAAAGUGAGAAGAGGCGCCUGGCUGAGAUGGUAAAGUCGUUGGGUGAUGGACGAGUGACUAUCGGCUCUGAUACGGGGGCAAGGGAGGAGAGGGAUAUGUGGAAGGACAUGCUUGAUGCAGAAACCGCAGCUAGAGAACAGGCUGAGGAGGAAAACAGAAAGCUUCGGGAUGAGCUUCUGCGUAUGAAGCCAGAUGCGAUGUCUGGUAGCCGAUCUGGUGGUUCUCGUGUUGGCAAAUUAUCCGUCGUCUCUCGAUCCAGCGCCUCUGAACGGGAUAUUGACCGGAGUGCUGGUCUUGGAACUACAUCCAGCGCUACUCUCGUUGAACUGGAACUUCUUAAGCAAGAAAACGCUGAGCUUCGUCGCGAAGUCAGUGCGCAAACUUCCAUGCUAACAUCUAGAAAUCGUGAAAAGGAGAGACUCUACCAGGAAAUCGAAGACCUGAAAUUGGGUCAGCGGAGGGGUGAUGGUGGCCGGUCUGUUGCUGGCGAUAGUAUCUUUGAGCGGUCAGUCUCCCGCGCCCAGGAUAGGUCUAAUUCCCAUGCCAGCGAUGGGGUGAGAUCCCGCGCCAGUGAUGCAGAACGCGAAAGCCUGGAGAUCAAGAAUGGUGAACUCCGCGAUCACGUAUCGGCGCUUAAGCUUGAGAAUCAAAGUCUUCGCACCCAACUUGACGAAUGCAUGAGUGACCUGGAGGCGUUGGACCGUGCGUACCAGGCUGAUGUGGAACAGGCAGAAGAAGACUUGCAAACUAUGCAACUGGAGCGAGAUCACGCAUUGCAGAUUGCCGAGGAGCGGGAGGAAGCAUUGCAGGAUCUCAAAGCAGAGGCGCAGGAGGAACUGGAUGCUAUGGGUGAUGAGCUGGAUCAGAAGAUUGACGAGUGUCAGCGCAUGGAAGCUGAGUUGGCUAAUCAACAUGAAAAUCUGAAAGCUUUGCAGGCGGAAAUGCGGUCGGCAAGCGAGGGCAUAAUUAGGCUGGAAGAAGAUGCACAGAGCAACUUACAAAAAUACAAAGCUGUGCAACAAGAAUUGGAUGAUGCGAAUCGGGAACUGGAGCAGAUGGAGAAAAGCCUUUUUGAAGCCAAUAGCAAAGUGCAGCGGCUGACCGUUCAGCAGGAAUCUAGCCAGAAUGAGAUUGCUUUCCUCCGUGAGGAGCAAGAUGGCGAUAAAAUCAAGAUCGGAGAUUUGGAAUCUGAACUGAAGACUUGCCAGAUGAGUCUACUUAGUGAGAAGGAUAGAACCAAGGAGCUCGAUAGUCGCCUUGCGGAGGAGAGGCACCAGCGGGAAGUCGUUGGGAGUAAAGAGAAGCAGGAGGUGCAGCGCAUUAUGAAUGAGCUGAACCGCGAGGCGACCACCGCCAAGGACGAGGUCCGUAAGUUGAAGAAGAACCUCUCCUCAAGGGAGAUCGAGGCUACAACUUGGAAAGAACGCUUGAUGGAAUUGGAGAAUAGCCUCCGUGAAGCCCUCGGGGACCUCAAUGGCACACGCUCAAGCUUACUUGCUUCAAUCACUAAGCUACAGCAGGAGUUGGAUUCAACCGCCCUCGAGCUGGAGAGCACUCGCACUAAGCUCGAUGAGAGGGAAUCUCUCCUCCGUAACCGGGAUGCCCUUCUCGAAAGCCAUGGCUUGGAGACUCGCAAACUUGCCGAUCUACUAGAAAGGGAGCGUCAAGCGCAUCGGGCAGAUAAACAUUCAUUCGAACAGGCACUUAAAUCGCACCACCAAGCUUCGCGGACAAUCUCACAAAAUAACUCAAGGAUCUCGGACUUGGAAGCCGCACGAAAUCAGGACCGAAAGCGUUUCAGUACCCUCGAGCAGCAGUAUAAGGACCAGCUAAGCGAGCGUAAUGCAAUGUUCCUGACUAUUUGGAAACGACUUUCAGCCAUGUGCGGACCUGACUGGGCCCACUCGAACAGUCUAAUCAACGGGAAUCUGCCUAGCCAAGAAGUUAUUGGAAACAUGCUUUUCUGGCCAGGCUUUAGCCGCAAUCUGUUGCUGGCGCUCAAAACGGUUGAAACACAUAUUGGCGGGUUCAAGGCGCGGAUCAAAUCCGUGGAGCGGGACUUGACAAAGGAGUAUCAGAAUUUAGAACACAGUCUGAACAUCCGCUUUAAGAAACUUGAACGGAUGGAGGAAUUGGUUCAAAAUUUAAAAUCCAGUCAACCACAACAUCGUUCAACGCCCCCAAACUCUUGUAGCGCCGAAAUCUCCAAACUCAGAGGUGAGAAUAGGCUUCUGAAAGCGGAGUUGAAUCUUCUCCAAUCCCAUUCGCGAGCUCGUGCGGCUAACGCUGCGGCCGCCGGAAGCGGAAACGCCCACAGCGCAUCAGGACGGUCUGCAUCAAAUCUCGCUGCCAACACCUUAUCUCGAUACAGCUCCACAACAACAGUUGACAACGCUUCUACUGCCGGUGGUCAAACACACGCACAUGCUCGACAGCCUAGUCGAAGCCCCAGCGCCCUCUCCCGCGUUUCCUCCAGCAACCCCCAACCAUCCCAGUAUUCCUCUUCCUCAACACUUACCAACAACCCCGUCGGUCCCGCCGGAACAUCCUCAUCGACGCAAGUUGCACAGCAACAAUCACGAUACCAACAUGUCAGCUCUCCGCACCACUCCCAUUCCAGCAGCGAACCCUCACAGGAGAAAUGGAUAAAACGGUUGCAAGAGCUCGAGCGCCGCCUCACGGCUGAGCGCGAGGCACGAUUACUUGACCGUUCGGGCGCCCGUAAGCGGCUGGAAGAGCAGAAUGCGCGCAAUGAGGAGCUUGCAGCUGAGUUGGCUAGGCAAAAGAUGAGGCAGCAGUAUCAGGGAGCUAUUACAAAUACACCCCAUAACCGAACUAGUAGCAGCAGCGGUUCGAGAGGAGGCGUAGCUGGGGAUCGAAGCGAAACCGGCCCUACGGCUCCAGGCCGCCAUCUCUCCACUCCAGAAGCCACCGUUGCUGAUGAAGCGGAACGCUCGCGAGCUAGCAGGGCCGCUGCCAGUCCCUACCAUCAUCGUCGUCGUCGCGAUAACGGUGAUGAUACAGAUCACGAGGGCAAGGGGAGCGGCGACCCUGAUGAGGGAGAGAUGGUCAUCAUCGACCACCGCAUUAGUGAGGGAAGUGGCGGAUAUCAGCGGCAUGAUAGUGAACCGUAUAGUGGCAGCCACAAGGGCCAUAAGCAUUCAAGCGCUGCCAAGAGUACGGGUCGCGAGCAGUCGCAUUUGUCGCACGGCCAUCGACAGGAACAUCGCCGGAGAGGAACGGGGACUGGGGCUGGCGUGGGAACCGACGAGUACGACGGAGGUGAUGAUUAUGAGGACGAUUAUGACGAUGAGGAUGAUGGAAAUGGGACGGGAACGGAUGAUGGGGAGGGUGGACUAACGGUUGAGGUUGAGGUUUAG